AUUGCGAGUCGCUUUUGUGAAUAAUCAUGUCAACAGCAUACUUGCAAAGCAAUGACCAAAGUGCUUGAAUGGCGUGUAAGGCAUGAGAAUCAGCACGGCAGUGUCCAUGAUGGGCCUUGAAGUUACGUCUACUAGUACUUAUUAUGAAAAUGGAUAGCGACAAUGUCGUUUUUGAGCUAGAACAGGUCUGCAGGGGUGCCAGUGGCUCUGCAGCGACAUAUAUAUAUUCGGCGCCAGUUCCUUCGUCCUCCAGCGACUCGGACAUCUAAUUCAUCACUACCCUCUUCCAUUGUGACAUUUGUCGCAUUCACCUACUUGAAGGGACUCCUGCGCGAUGUACAAUACAGCCCUCAAUCAAAUGAUGUCGUGUCAGGGAUGCCGACAAUCCGUACCUGCCCAUGCGAUGGCCCAACACCUUCGAGGGUGUGCAGCAAGUGGUCAUCACGUUGGCCCCCAACACCAUCAAGCGUACGUUGCAAACGGCAUGACUAGAGGGGCCUCCCUUGAAUCUACUAGGAGUGCUUUACCUAAGCCUCUCGAAGAUAUCAUCGAUGAUACACUACACGAUCUAUAUAAUCGCCUGCGUAAAACUCGCGGGCUUGCCAAAGCUGAUAUAGAUGAUUGUUCCAACUGUAUGCGGAGUGUAAAGAUAUACGCGGGUCUCCUUGGUUGUGCCUAUGUACACUUGAAGCUUUGUGUUCAAGAUAGAAGGCUACUGCAAGAACUACAAGGCGCUGUUAGAGUAUGGGAAAGAUGGAGUCAGUUUGAGUCUAUAGCAAGGCAGGACGAGAUAAGGAAAAAAUUCCAAAGCAUGCUACAAGCGUCGCCGAAAUGUAGAGGUCAUUUAGACUUCAAAAUGACAAUCCCGUUCAUCCCUCCCUCAGAUACUGAUGUCAUUCGUGCUCUUUUGAUCAGUUUUGUGGAAGCUCCAGCUUGGGAGGGAGCAUUUUACUCGGAGAGGGGUGACCGAGCGCAAAACCUUGUGGAUUUACUUCAGCUGGUAUUGGAAGAUGCUUCUACAACGUCUGGUUGCCGCCACCGUCUUCUCAGUGCCUUAGUUCGAUUAUCAAGGAAGUCCAGUAGAUGGCCCCAUCGUUUAGUACUACGUGAGGACUUGAUACAGUACAACACUCAAACUCGUAAAAUGGGGGGAUUUGGAGACGUGUAUUCUGGCGUUUUCAAUAAAAAAACCACAGUCUCUGUCAAAGUCAUGCGCAUGACUCAGGGCCAUCAUACCGAAAAAUUUCUCAAACAUUUUUCGAGCGAGGCCGUUAUUUGGCGACACCUCAAUCAUCCCAACAUCUUGCCCUUCUUUGGUAUCUUCCACAAGGGCAUAGAUGUAGGCUUCGUCUCAAUGUGGAUGGAGAACGGUAACGUGCUGUCAUUUCUCAAGCGUUAUCCAACCGUGGACCGGGAGCUCCUGCUUUCUGACAUCGCAGGGGGUCUCCAGUAUCUUCAUAACGCCAGCCCAACCAUUCUACAUGGCGAUCUAAAAGGAGAUAAUAUUCUCGUGAACAAUUCCUUUAGGGCUUGUUUAGCUGAUUUUGGUGUCACUUCUACAGAAGACUCGAGAAUCAUAUUAGAUAGCACCACCGUGCAUACCAAAGCGACGUCAAGGUGGUCUGCUCCAGAACUGCUCGAGGAGGAAGGGCGUGUCAGUGCCGCCACUGACAUCUAUGCCUAUGGAAUGGUGGGCUACGAGAUUUACUCAGGUCGACUACCUUUUCAAGAAAGCCAUGGCGACCACGCCAUAUACCAAUUACUUAAGAAAGGGAAAAGACCUGAGCGCCCCGAUAAUAACACACUGGAUUCCUCACUAUGGAACUUCAUAGGCCAAUGUUGGCAUCAGGAACCUGGGAGGCGUCCUUCGGCUAAUGGGGUAGCGAGAUUCCUA